UUUCUCCUUGCUAUCAUUUUCCUUUAUGUCACGGUGUUUCUUGAGAGUUGCAAAUUCAAGGUAAACAGACAUACAGUGCUCGACUGCUCCUGCAGCAAGCACGCCGGCAAACGACUGUGCGGCACACUUAUACAGCGGAUGUUUAAAGUCUGAUUUCAUUGUUUAAAAAAAAACAAAUUAGCUCUAUUAGUAUAAUAGUACUUCGGUCUGUUGGCUUAAAGAUGAAAUAACAUUUGUACGCGGGCCAGUUAUAAGUUUCCACUGCUUAAUCUUUAAGAUGUCGACCUAAACUUGCAGUUUAGUCUUGCAGAGUAUUGCUGCGCAGUUCACAUACGUGUUGUGAACUUUAAUGGCAUGCAGUGGGCAAAUAAAGUGGUUUAUGAGUGUAAACGCCCACCACCACCAACUCACAAGCGCGUUAAUGAUUGAACCAGCAGGCUGCUAAAUUCGAUUUUAUACCGAUAAAGCUACUUAUAGGCGCGUACUGGCAUAAACAUGAUGAAAAAAGCAGAAAUAGUAGGAUUAAACAAACCUUUACGUAUCGUACAAGUCGAUAUUCCUGCAACUCCAAAGAAAGGAGCAAUCGUAAAGGUAGCAUACAGCGGUGUAUGUCAUUCAGACAUACACCAAUGGGAUGACUGUAUCGACCUUGGAAAUACCAAAAUUGGACUUUCGGACGCCAUAGGAUAUAAACUACCAGUCGUUCCUGGACAUGAAAUCUCGGGAACAGUGUAUUCUAUCGGGGAAGAAGCAGACGCGGCAGCUGGUCUAAAGGUUGGUGAUCGAGUAGCUGUUUAUCCUUGGAUUGGCUGCAGCAAAUGCGGUGUCUGCACUCACGGCAAAUCAGAAUGUUGCAAAGAACGACAGUUGACAAUUAUUGGUGUGGGUGCAUCAAGCGGCGGCCACUCUACGCAUGUAGCAGUCACAGAGGUUCAGUUUGUUGUUAAACUUCCCGAUUCUAUACCACUGGACCUUGCUUGUAUGUUGCCAUGCUCGGGUCUUACAACUUACAACGCUGUAACAAGUGUGUUGGAUACGGUGGAGAAGGCGACACUUUAUCACGGAAAAGCAUCUGUGCUGAUCAUCGGUGCUGGAGGUCUUGGUUUAUGGAGUCUCAGACUUGCUCAAGCUCUCUUUCCCCCAACAACGGAAAUCACUGUCGCAGAUAUUAGCGAGGAAAAACUGAAAGUGGCAAAAGAUAGAGGAUGUCACGAUACUGUCUUUUGGGAUCGUUCUCUAAGUGCUGCGGAUUUACACAAGGCUACAAUAAGCAAAGGGAAUAAAGGCGGCUUCGAUGCCAUCAUGGAUUUCGUGAACAGUCAAGUUACUGCGGAAAGGGCGUUCAGGUGCUUGAAACCGUAUGGCCUGCAUGUGAUGGUCGGUUUAUUUGGAGGAGCUGCAACAUUUCCUUUACCAAUGUUGACACUUGGUGCAAGACAAAUAAAAGGAGUUUACGUGGGAUCUCUGCAACAGUUUAACGAGUUAAUCGACCUGGUAUCUAAGAAUAAGUUGGACCCACCACCUCUCAACUACUUUAAGUUGAACGACGUUACAAAGGCAUUCACUCUGUUGAAAGAAGGCAAGAUAAAUGGACGUGGGCUGAUCAAGCACGAUGAUAAAGCAUCUUUGUAAAACAACAUAAUGUGCAUGGAGCUGUAUAUGAUUGAAUGUAAAUCGCAACUUAACCAAUAAUAUAAUACAUUUAUUUGAAUCUUCGAUUACCGUAGCAAAGAUUUGGGAAUAGUUUAAACAAAGAGACAGGAUAUAUAUAGCGACAAAACAACAGUUGUUAAAACACACUUACAGCUAAAAACAUAUUUACAUUUAGUAGGAAGAAAUAAGCGUGAUCGCCACACCUAGCAGACAAAGGAGUCAUUUAUUUAUAAUUACUAUCAAGUUAAACUUCUAAUAGAAACAAAAGUGUGCG